GUUCCAUUCACUAUACUCUUCUCUUGCCUUCUCACUAUACAAUUCUGUGGAGAAUUCAGUAGAUACUGAAUCAUGAAGUUACUUUUAGGGUUUGUUUUUGUUGGGUUGUUGAUCAAUAUUUCAGUGGGUUACUCUGAUGAGCCCAUCACCUAUGGAACAUUCCCUGAGGGAUUUGCCUGGGGAUUUGCUACAUCUGCAUACCAAAUAGAAGGAGGCUGGAAUGAGGAUGGUAAGGGAGAAAGUGUUUGGGAUUGGUUGACUCACACAAAACCUGAGAUAAUUGCUGACAACACAACUGGUGAUGUGGCUUGUGAUAGCUAUCACAAGUGGCAGGAAGACAUCCAGUUACUUGCUGAUGCUGGGGCCACACAUUAUAGAUUUUCCAUUGCCUGGACAAGGAUUUUACCAGAUGGCAUUGGACAAGUGAAUCAAGGGGGCUUAGAUUACUAUAACAACCUCAUCAAUGGCUUACUUGAGAAAGGAAUCCAACCCAUGAUCACCUUGUUCCACUGGGAUACUCCUUUGGCCCUUGAGAAAGAAGGAGGUUGGUUAUCAUCAGACAGUCCUGACUGGUUUGAAGAAUAUGCCAGGGUUUGCUUUGAAGAAUUUGGAGAUAGAGUGAAAUUUUGGAUCACUUUCAAUGAGCCUUGGGUCACCUGCAUUAGUGGAAUCUUUGAUUACAGACCAGAGCUGCAAGAUAGAGGGAUUUACACUUAUCAAUGUGGUCACAACAUUAUCAAGGCCCAUGUCAAAGCAUAUGAGCUGUAUUACAGAGAUUUUGAGCCCACCCAGCAAGGAAAAGUUGGGAUAACCCUGAAUUCAGACAUGGCCUAUCCAAAAACCAACUCCCCAGAGGAUGUGGAAGCAGCAGAGAGAAAUACUGAGUUUAUGUUGGGAUGGUUUGCUCAUGUUUUUGCUGUGAAUGGUGACUACCCCCAGGCAAUGAUUGAUCAGAUUGCAGAGAAGAGCAGCCAACAAGGAUUUCUAGCAUCAAGGCUGCCAAUAUUCACAGAAGAGGAAAAGGCAAGAAACCUUGGAUCUGCAGACUUCUUUGGUCUCAAUCAUUAUACCUCAACCAUUGCACAGUAUGAGAAAAGUGACAUCAAUGUGGUAGACUACUUUUAUGACAGGGACAUUGCCAAUUCUGUAGACCCAACUUGGUAUCAUGCAGAAGGUGUUGGCUGGCUUUACAUGGUUCCAUAUGGACUCAGGGCUCUGCUGAAUUGGAUGCAAAGGGAAUAUGGAAUUCCUGUUUACAUAACUGAAAGUGGUUGGGCUGACAAAGCUGGAAAUACUGAUGAUCUCAUGAGGAUGUAUUACUACAAACAUUACCUCAACAAUUUAAUGAAAGCUAUCAAUGAAGAUGGUUGUGAUGUAAGAGGAUAUUUGGCCUGGUCUCUUUUGGACAAUAUGGAAUGGGCUUCAGGAUAUACAUUUUCAAUAGCAUGGACCAGGAUCAUUCCUGAAGGAAGAGGACCAAGGAAUCAACUGGGCAUUGAUUACUACAACAAUCUUAUAAAUGGGCUCCUGGAAAAGGGCAUUCAGCCAAUGGUCACCCUUUUUCACUCAGACACUCCCAUCACUUUGGAGGAACAAGGUGGUUGGCUGAACCCUGUCAGUGCUGAUUGGUUUGAGGAAUAUGCAAAAGUCUGUUUUGAGGAAUUUGGGGACAGGGUUAAACAUUGGAUAACCUUCAAUGAACCUUGGGUGACUUGCAUGUUUGGCAUUUACACUUACAAACCUGAGAUUGAGCAGUCAAAAGGGACUCUGGUUUACCAAUGUGGUCACAACCUGAUCAAAGCUCAUGUCCAGGUCUAUCAGCUGUACAAAAAUAUGUUUUCCUCUGCUCAAAAGGGGCUUGUUGGUAUCACCCUGAAUGCAGGAAUGGCAUAUCCAAAAACAGAUUCCAGAGAAGAUCAAGCAGCUGCAGACAGGGACAUUGAGUUUUCCCUUGGAUGGUUUGCAAAUGUCUUGGCAGCUAAUGGGAACUAUCCACAAAUUGCAGAAAAGAGCAGUCAACAAGGAUUUGAGCAAUCAAGACUGCCUUCAUUCACAGAAGAAGAGAUUCUCCUGAAUCAGGGUUCUGUGGAUUUCAUAGGCCUAAACCAUUACACAUCUGGUUUAGCUGAGAAGAAGCAAUUGAAUUUGAAGGUAAGAAAUAAAGUUCUUUUCGCGAGAGUUGCAGAAAAGAGCAGUCAACAAGGAUUUGAGCAAUCAAGACUGCCUUCAUUCACAGAAGAAGAGAUUCUCCUGAAUCAGGGUUCUGUGGAUUUCAUAGGCCUAAACCAUUACACAUCUGGUUUAGCUGCCUAUCAACAGAGUGACUUGAAUGCAAUUGACUAUUUUGCUGACAGGGAUGUGGUUAAUUCUGUUGACCCAACCUGGUACCAAGCUCAAGAUGUGGAUUGGCUCUAUGUGUUUCCACCUGGGAUCAGAGACUUGCUAAAAUGGAUGAAGAGCAGAUAUGAUGUCCCAGUGUACAUAACAGAGUGUGGGUUUUCUGACAAGGCUGGAAAUCUUGAUGACCUUCCAAGAGUCUACUAUCUGAAGCACUAUCUAAAUCACUUGAUGGAAGCCAUCAAUGAAGAUGGAUGUGAUGUAAAGGGAUUCAUGGCUUGGUCUCUUAUGGACAAUAUGGAAUGGGUUGCUGGAUAUACGAUCAAGUUUGGACUUCACCAUGUCAACUUCAGUGAUCCAGAGAGGCCAAGGACUGCAAAAGCAUCUGCCAAAUUCUACAAGCAGAUAAUUGCUGAUAAUGGUUUUGAGCCAAAUGAUGCUUGUCCAUACAUGUGAAUAAUGACUAAAGGUCAUACACAUUGCUGCAAAUUUGGCACCUUGACCAUUAAACUGAGCUAAAACUGAAGAAAAAUGCUGGAAACACACUGUUAUGAAUGGAGUGAAUUUCUGAGAAAGCCUGAGUUGAAUUUCCCCCAUGGUAAUUGCAGUGUUUGAACAUGCUGACAUGACAGCAUUGGGAAGAAAUAAACUGGAAACUAUUUUUCUUGUUCUCAUUGAAGUGCUCAUUAUAUUGGCCAAGUCAGCAUUUUAAGUGGAGGUGGAAUCAUUAGGUGCGCAUUUCAAGGACAGAAUUAGUGGCAAACUCCUCCAGCAGUGGGAAUGACUAGGGUGUGGCCUAAAG